GUCGACUGCCCUUUUGUUUCCUCUUUGCACGUGAACCGGGAUAUCUUUCAACCGCCAAAUACCACCCAAGUAAGCGAGACAGGGCCAAAAUCUCCGUUGUCGUAGUAUACGAGGCGAAAUGAGGUGUUGAAGAAUUGACAUCGAAUCGAGUGGUCGCAAGAGCAACAUCGAAGCAAGCGAUGUGAUCUUCAAAACUCAGGCCUAUGAAGGUUGUCCCAGGCUUCAAAAUAACCGAAUAUGAACGAUCAGCCUUCGCAUAUUAUUCGAUGACCGCUGGAACUUAUAUAAAAGUCCUGGUAUCACCAAACACGCCUUGCACGUCAUGUCUUCGAACAAAGAAACCCGGCUUAGCAUUAGCAGUAGCCACAGGCACUCUGACGUGCCUCCUCCAAACCAUCCCACGACGUCACGAGUAACCUCGAUUCCAAAUGCCUUCGCCGACGACCACGGCGAUAAUCAUGAUACCGUCCAUGAGGAUGGCAACGAUGAUUCCCGACUACGCCAGAUCUACCAUAAACUCGAUCGUCGAAUCCUCCCUCCCUUCUGGCUGCUCUACUUCCUCUGCUCGGCGGUCCGCGCAAACGUCGGCCUAGCCCAGACGAUGAACAAACAACAGGGUCACGAUCUCGGCGCAUACCUCCGUCUCAGUCCCCAUCAAGUCUCGACGGGCCUGGCAUUGUUCUAUGCCUCAUAUGUUGUAUUUGAAGUCCCUUCGAACCUAGCUAUGAGCAAGCUAUCGCCAUCGGUAUGGCUAGCGCGGAUCGUCAUCAGUGUAGGAAUCAUCGGGACGGCGAUGGUGGGUUUGCAUGAUGCGGCGGGAUUCUAUGUAUUACGAUUACUUCUCGGUGCAGUCGAGGCGGGCCUCUGGCCGGGAAUGUCAUUGUACUUGACCCUGUUUUAUCCACCACAGCAGAUGGCAAGGAGAGUGGGUGCCUACUUCACCGCCAGCCAAGUCUCUGCUGCAGUGGUUGGCCUCGUGAGCGCCGGCUUUCAACGCAUGGACGGCGAUGCAGGCCUCGUUGGAUUCCAAUGGAUGUUUCUCAUCUGGGGCCUAGUCACCCUCGUCCUUGGAGUUUCCCUCCUUUGGUGGCUCCCCGACCGACCUCUCGCACCCGGCGAAGUGCUCAAACAGCGAAGAUACUUCCACUGGCUCCCCCAACCACGACCCGCUCUAUCCGGCCACGACACCACCCUGCACUACAAAGCUCUCACAACAGCCUACACGCGCACCCAAUGGACGCUCCACGACCUCAUCGCUGUCCUGCUCGACUGGCGCUUCUGGCCUCUCCUCAUAAUGUACUUCGGCGUUGUAGGGGUAGGCAACGGCCUCCAAAGCUACGGCACCGUGAUCCUCAGCGCUAUCAAUCCCAAUUUCACAGGGAUCCAGCUCUCACUACUGUACGCCCCGAUCUGGAUCUGCGACCUCAUUGGAAUCCUUACAAUUACACCCCUAAGCGACCGCUUCCACCGCCAUCGAGCCCUCUUCUUCACUAUCCCCACCGCCCUACAAAUCGCUGGCCUCCUCAUCGCUACCUACGCCGGCGCUUCGCAAGCUCAACAAUGGGCGCGCUACAUCGGCCUACUCAUCGUCGGCUUCGGACUCGGUCCUACAGUCCCUAUCACAAUGACUUGGACGGCCGAGAUCUUCCAGGCCCGACACGGAGAGAUUGGCGUCGCGGCGGCGUGUGCGUUGGUCUCGGGUUUAGGCAAUCUGGGCAGCGUGGUGACUAAUUAUGCGCUCUUUGCGGGUUGGCCGGGAGAUGCAGGCAGGACUCCGCCGUUUGUCGGGAGUAACUGGACCAUGGUGGGCAUUUUGUGCAUGAGCAUCAUCGCGAGUGGGGCUAUGACGCUGCUUUUGAGGAGGGUUGAUGGAGUUGGAAGGAAGGAGGUGCUAGAAGAGAGGCGGGAUGGUGGUCGAGAAAGGUAGACUCUAGAUGACGCUUUACGAAUCGAUGAUGUAAUGCUCCAGACGAUGAAUUGAUGAAAUCAAGAAGAUGCGACCAUCUAGAAUAUUCCCAUUCUCCCGUGUCUACAUGUUCAUGUAAAUCCC